GAUUAUAUAAAUCUGGGUGGAGGAGCUGGGGACUUUGGUUGGCACAGAUCUUUGCUAGCUAGUUAAAGACAGGCAGGCUGGAGCAAUGGCCAUGUUGAAAGCACGCAGUAUCUUGGUGACUGGAUGCAAUCGGGGCAUUGGUUUGGAAUUGGUCAGGCAGCUGCUUGAGAAGAACAACCGUCCAGAUAAGAUUUUUGCCACCUGCCGGGACCCAGAAGGACCAGGUGCCCAGAACUUGAGGAAUUUGGCUGUGAAACACCCGGAAGUGGAGAUCAUCCAGUUGGACACUUCUGAUCCAUCCAGUAUUAAAAAUGCUGCUGCCAGAGUCAGUGAGCGUCUGAAAGGAGCUGGACUGAACCUCUUGAUAAACAAUGCUGCCAUUGCAAACCCAAACUGUCUGGACUCAGAGACACCAGAAGGCAUGGCUGAAGUGUACAAAACCAAUGUGAUUGGGCCUUUCGUGGCAUGCCAGGCAUUUCUGCCCUUGCUGAAGAAGGCAGCUCAAGAAAGCCCCCAGAAAGGGAUGAGCUGCAGCAAAGCUGCCAUUGUCAACAUGUCCAGUGAAGGUGGCUCCAUCACCACCGUCUUAUUGUGGAAUAGUAAUGCGCAUGCUAUAUCUUACCGUUGCAGCAAGGCUGCUCUGAACAUGCUCACAAAGUGCCAGUCGCUGGGAUAUGCAGCAGAUGAGAUCCUGUGCAUUGCUGUGCAUCCAGGAUGGGUGCAGACUGACAUGGGAACUGCACAGGCUACGCUGCCAACGAACGUGAGUGUGCGAGACAUCCUGAAUACCCUUGCCCGCCUCUCAGAGAAAGACAAUGGCACUUUUGUGAAUUGGGAGGGGAAAGCCGUUCCUUGGUGAGACACUCAGCUUUGCUUGCUUCCAUUGGAGAAGGAACCAUGUUCCCGUUGGCGAUGCAAAAGCCCAACUCACAUUUAUGUAGUGUUGUUUUGAUUACUUUCUCAUCAAUAAAUACAUAUUUAUUUUCUGAAAAUCUUA